AAUUUGUUUUCUUUAAUUGAAGCAAGCCAAAAAAGAGAAUUUGAGCGAUUGCAUAGGAGUAGGCGUGCGACCAGGCCACCGCAGUGCCUCAAAACCAGGUUUAUUUCCUUUGAACAAAACAUAACUGACCAACACAACCUCAAACAAAACAAACAAACAAACAAAGCUCCUUCUUUUCUUUUUCUUCCCUAUUCCAUUUCUCAUUCUGAGACCGUUAACCCACUAUACCUGAUUCUAAAGAUGGGUAGAAACGCAAACGAAAAGUCAAAGCUCCGAAGAGAACAGAGACGCCAAGAGAUAUCUCUUCUUAGAACCAUUCCAUAUUCCGAUCACCAAAGAUGGUGGUCUGCAGAAACCAUAGCAGUGGUAACUGGUGGUAAUAGGGGUAUUGGGUUUGAACAUUCUAGGCAGCUCGCUACGCAUGGAUUGACAGUGAUACUUACUUCUAGAGAUAGUAAUGUUGGUGCUGAAGCUGCUAAGGUCUUACAAGAAGGUGGCCUUAAUGUGGCUUUUCAUCAACUUGAUGUUUUAGACCCUUUAUCUAUCAAACAAUUUGCUGAUUGGCUACAACAAAACUAUGGUGGUUUGGAUAUUCUGAUAAACAAUGCUGGUAUUAAUUUCAAUCUUGGGGCUAACAAUUCUCUUGAACAUGCCCGGGAGGUUGUAGCAACCAAUUAUUUUGGCACCAAAAGUAUGAUUGAAGCUAUGAUUCCCCUGAUGAAAGCUUCUAAUGUGGGUGCUAGGAUUGUAAAUGUGAGCUCAAGAUUAGGUAGACUAAACGGCAGACGAAAUAGAGUUGGAGAUUUGACUUUGAGACAACAACUAAGUGAUCUGAAUUCGCUCUCAGUGGAAUUGAUUGACGGUGCUGUAUCUACUUUUGUACAACAAGUAGAAGAAGGCACCUGGGAAGCAGGCGGGUGGCCACAAAUGUUUACUGACUACUCGGUAUCAAAACUUGCUGUUAAUGCUUACACAAGGCUAAUGGCAAGGGUACUAUCUGAUAGGCCAGAUGGCCAGAAAAUUUACAUUAACUGCUAUUGCCCGGGCUGGGUAAAAACUGCUAUGACUGGUUAUGCUGGGAACAUUCCAGCUGAAGAAGGUGCUGAUACUGGGGUAUGGCUUGCCUUACUUCCAGACCAAGCAAUAACAGGAAAGUUUUUCGCAGAAAGACGUGAAAUAAGCUUUUAAGUUGUAUUGGAGCUGAAGACUGGCAAAUUCAAUUGUUUCUGAUAAUUAGAGGGGUUUGAAGAACAACCUAGAAAAAUCUGAAACUUACUGCUGAAGGCAUGUUUUGUGCCGCAUUAAGCUUUGCUCGAAGAACAACCUAGAAAAAUCUGAAACUUACUGCUGGGGCUGUUCAACUGGUUCUGAUCUCUGGAACGAGAGCCAGGAACUAAAAUGUCGCUUCGAUCAAUUUCUUUGCGCAAGCCUACAUGUCAAUGCAAGUUAUUUAUGUAUCAUUUUGGUAUUUUGAAGAGUUUAUUAUGAUGUUGGAUAAAUACUUUCGAACUUUACUUUUAAGUUGCUAUUAAGAACAGUGGUAGCUUUAUAUAAUAUAUAUUGCCUUAAUAUUACUGAGCGUUUGAGUUAUGGUUCAUAUUAUAAUGGGUAACGAGUGUAAUGUAAAAAUGCAAUUUGGACAAGGGUAAAUAAACUUCAUCCUUCUUU